AGUGAGUGAGAGAGUCAGUGGAUGAGGGAGAGAGAGAGUCAGUGGAUGUGUGUGUGUGUGUGUGUGAGAGUGAGUGAGAGAGAGUCAGUGGAUGUGUGUGUGUGAGAGAGAGUGAGAGAGUGGAUGAGAGAGGGAGAGAGAGAGAGUGGAUGAGAGAGAGAGAGAGAGAAUUUGGGGAGCGCAUUAAGUCAGAUGGAUCAGAUGGAGGAGUCUCAGCGCAGCUCCUUCACAUCCGCCACAUUUUCAGCGCCACUGCGUGACUGCGCUCCUCCUCACCUCCUCUCAGUGGGAGCGGCCAGACUUUUCCGGGAUGGGAUGAUCGGAUUAACACUGUCAGAGUGUUGCUUUUUGGAGACACAGCAGUAACACCUCACACACGUGUACCUUGUGUUCAGGACUCAAUCUGGACCUUUGGAAUCGGAGUUCAUCGAUAUUGUGUGUGGAUACUUCAGUAGCCCGUGACUGCAUUUCUAGGCGUGGUUGUUUCAUAACCUUAGACCUUGACCUGGCAAACAGGGACCUGGUUUAUGGGCCUACUGAAGCCUUUUCUGUUAAUGACAUUCAAGGAUCCCAUUGGUGUUGACUGACGCACGUUUCACAUUCUCUGUGCUUUUGGCCCUCUCCGGACCCUUCUCACAUGGACCCAUCCAUGGCAGCGAGACGGUGCUCUGUGAUUUUCCACUAACCCGUUCAUUGGUCGUGUGUUUAAGCGGGAACGGGGUGGGAGGAGGAUGCAGGCCGGGCUGCGGGUGCUGUGCGCCGGUGGAGGCGCUUCUCUCUGCUGCCUGCUCCUGCUGGGGCUCAUCUACACACACCUCCUUAAAGAAGGUCAGUUGGCGGUGGGCACGUGUGAGAUUGUGAUGUUAAACAGAGACAGCAGUCAGCCCAAGCGCACCAUCGCCAGACAGACGGCCCGCUGUGCCUGUCGGAGAGGCCAGAUCGCAGGCACCACACGGGCACGACCAGCAUGCGUGGACGCACGGAUAGUGAAGAGCAGACAGUGGUGUGAGAUGACCCCGUGUUCAGAGGGAGAAAUCUGCGGCCUGCUGUUCAAUCACUCUGGCUGGACCUGCACCAAGGGAGGAGGACGAAUAAAAACCGUCACGCCACUGCCCAAGGAGCCAUCUUAAAGGAUAUCAGCUGAGAGGAGGUCUAUUGACAUUCACGUGAACAUCGCGAACUAGAAGACAUUCAUCAGACAGCACAUCUUAUCCAUCCUCGCACCUUGGAGCUAAAACAAGACCCCCCCACCACCAAGCCACCAGUCUCCUCCACCUCCUCCACCCUUACAGGAGCCUGACUCUUUGGACAUGGACAGUCAAACACCUCCAGUGUCCUUCUUAAAGGUUUAUGAUGAGAUCAUCGGCAAAUGAACUGUAAAACCCAUAAAUCUGAUAUACACUGGAGAGUAUUAUUAAGGCCAAAAGAAGCACAUUGCUUCAAUUCUCUGAAGAUGCAGAACAAGCUGCUGACACGGAGUGUAGGAGUAUAACAUAAUCCUGUUUGGGAUGUUGGAUGCUCCACUAUCCAAAAAAAAAAAAAAAAAAAAAAAAGCUCUUAUGACUAAUUUCAGACUCUUUUUCCAUCCCAGAGACAACUUACAGACAGGAAGUGUUUUGCUUUUCGGGCAAGUGUAUCUCAUAAAAUAACCACAAGCAAAUGUAAACUGUCUACAGAAUGAAAUGGACAGUAUCAUCAAUCGGCUGAGGCGACUCAUUGCUUCGCCAUGUAGACUUCUUGAUGUCUUUCUCCUGUUAAUGAAAACAGGAAGUCUUUGAUCGUGUUGAUCCUACUGUCUGGUAUUUUCAAGUGUAAGAGACUAUCCAGCUGCAUCGUGCUUUCCUGAGUUCCUUCACUCUUUUCUUUCAAGGGUCUGUCUACAUAGGAUUGGGUAUAUUGUUUUGAUGAAUGCUCCAUUUUGCCUCUGAGGCAACAUGCAAUGACACAUGAGAAGAAUCCUUUUACGUAGAUAGGAAAUAAAGGAUGUGUUUGUGUACAUGCGUGCAUCACAGUGCCACGUGUGCCGACGGGAUCAGAUUAUAUCAGUGUUCUGUUGCUUGAACAUCCAUCAUGUAGAUUUCUAUGUUUCCAGUGUCCAAGGAGUGAGAAACAUGUUUGCCUCUUAUUUCUCUUAGCUUAUUGUUAAGUUGGUGGCCUGAAAAAAUGAUAAGCCACACCAGAGAGUGUUUCUUUUAAAAAUAAGUUACAUGAUGGACAUGAGGAUUGUACGCAGCAGGGUCUAGCGAGCAUAGAAAAACAGGCAAAAAGAAAAUGGCCACUUUCAGUGAACGGUAGGUUAGUAAUUUAUCAGUCUGGAGGGGUAGGCAGAGCUCCCUCGGUUGUGAAUUUUAAUGGUGUUUUAUGGUUCCUAAUAAAGUCUGUUAUGCUUCUGGCAAAUAUGCAGAGCACAACAUCCCUCGCUUCCAAUUACUGAGAAACUCAAGGAGAGACUUCAGCCAUUCAUCAUGCCGUACCGUUCCCAGAAAUAACAGGAGAAAAUCUCUUUCUGUCUCUCUCUCCCCGCUCUCUUUUUCUGUCUAUGGUCUUUAUGUCCAGAUACCUGAGAGAUGUGACAAGUGAGUCUGUUCUCAACAACAGCAUUUAAAAACGAGCCAAACCACAAGCAAUUUUGUGAAGGAGGACAUAACACUGCAAAGAUAAAACGAAACAUUGUACAUGGUUCUAAAUAUCCUCAUCACUAAUUUAUUCAAAUCACAGCCAAAUCUGAAUGUUCGAUUGGUCUACUAAAACAGUGUUCCUGCACAUAUCUGGCAAAUCUGGAAAUGAGAAAAUUCCGAAAACUAAUUCUGUGCACUAACACAGCCACAUCCAAAUCUUCUUUUUGUGGAUAAGAAAGCAUGAGAUCAACAAACGUUACGGUCACUGGACCCUCAUAUGAUGGUGAAGCCAGAGCUCAGUUUGCAAACAAAGCUCUCUUUUUACCAGUCACACUAUGUCCCUAUCCUCACCUGUGGUCAUGAAGGAAUAAAGUUGUGAGUACAGGUGGCAGAAAUGAGGUUUAUCCACAGACUUGCUUGGAUUAUACUCUGUGACAGGGUGAGGAAUGAAUGGUAAAUUUAACAAACUUUAGCAAGACAACUGAACAAACCGAAAGUUUAAAUAAAAUCUGAAAAAAGUCUUGAAAAGGUCUGGAAUCUUCUCAUGUUGAAAGAACAUCACUGAAAGUUUGGUUGUAAUUAAACUGAUUCUAGACCUAUAAAAAACUAUACAAUCAAAUUUCACUUAGAAACUUUACCAUGCAAUGGAUUUCACUAAUUUCUUUUCACUAAAGACUUUUUAACGUUUUCGUUCACACAAUUUAGCUCCACCCCUAGAGUUGCUUAGCUCUGCCUCUCUUUUUUUUGCUACAGGUUUCAACUCAUAUACAAGACCAAGUUGAGCAUUGGUUUAAAGGAAGGAGGGUUUGAGUUAAAGGCUUUUCAGUGUUUUCACUGCAGUUGCAACUCACCUCGCAGUAAGUGAGCACUCUCACUUAAAAACUGAUCCAUUAAAGAGGACGUCGCUGAGAUUCCCUUUGAAAUGAAUUGCACAUUGCUACAGCUCAGCAAGACCAGCGUAGUGUAUACACAGACUAUUAAAGAUGGGCCAAUUUGCCAUUCAGUCCUAUUUAGACCCAUUUAGACCUAGCAUUAAAAUGCAAUCCGUAUCUGAAUAUCUUAUUUAAAUAAUGAAUGCUCAAAUGUUGGCCCUUAUACUUCUGUUUGCAUUACAAUUGGAUCUCAUUUCAUGUGCAAACCUGGUGAACUGGUGGGAUGUGAGCCAGCUGUAAUAGUUUCUCCGAAAUGAACUGAGAUAAAACAUGGCAGGUGUAGGAUGACCAGAGAUGAUUAGGGUGUUCAGCCAGUACCUAAUUUUCCUCUGCUGAGGAAAGGGUCAUCCAAGUUAUCUCUCAGAGGGCAACAAGUUGUUUUUUUUUCCAUAUAAGAUAAAUGAAUGCCAUACUUCAAAACGAGCAGCCAUAUGUUCAGCUUCAUCUGCUAAAGCAGCAGCCUGCAGGGUUUUUGAUAUAAUCUGAAGACCUUAAUAUGAACCCACUGUAGGGAUUGUAUUCACACCUGGCUGACUCUCCCUGUGAUCCAAUCACGACGUGAGCCAGGCCACCUGCAGAGAUGGUGCUUUCUCAUCUGGUCAUAUUGGGACACCUGUGCAUUUUCAUGUGCGUAAUUUUAUCCAGAUAAGAGCACAUUUUAAUGCAAUAGGGCCACCGAUUGCCAAUUUAUCAUUCAUCAGUAGCCAACAGGCAACUCUAUUAAAGGCCCAAGAGACCGCAGUGCUAUUUCAUUCUGACACAGCCAUCCAUUCCGGUGUCAUCUUACUGUCAUAUUUAUGUACAUAUUUACUCAUCGUAAGCACUACUUGGAGAUACGGAAUCAAUAGCACUGCAACAUCAAUCUAUGAGCCGGACAGUGGCGUGCAGGUCUCGUUAUGGCUGAUCUCUGGACUUUAGCUUCUUCAUAUGAGCCCAUGUGCUUCAGGGACUCAUGCGAUUUAUCUGUCAAACCAUAAUGCUUCAGGCAGACACAUUAAAAAAACACAUGACUUAAACCUCAUCGGAACAGAGCUGCCUUCCAAGGCAUCUACAUGAUGGAGUCAUAUGGGAGUGGAGAAACAAGAGUAGUUUGACACAUGUAGACAUCUCAUGAGAGCAGGGAUUGAGUCUGGAUAUGCCGCAUGACUACUUUUUAAGGAAUAUUCUUUUUCUAUUUUAUCUGUAGCAUAUGAGCACUAUCCGCAAGAUUUUUCAAAACAUUUCCUCAUAAACAAGGCAAAAAGGUAAACCCAGUUGACUUGAAACACACCUAUAAUGGAAGUCUAGGCGCACUUGUUAAAUCAGUAAACAUUCAGAUACAUGAUGAUAUAAAUUUAAAAAUACAAUCAUUAAAUUGUAAUAUUAAAGCAACAUAUUUCUGCAAAAAUAUGUAUUCUACAAAAAUGUGUUUUGCAUAAAUUUUUGACUGACAACAACUCUCUCUUAGACUUUGCAUUACAAGUGAGUUUUGAAUAAACAGGUUUUUGGUUCUUUUCACACAACAGAAAAAUCAUCAAAUGUGUCAAAAUUCUUGUUCAUGAGGUCUCACUACCUUUGCAACCAAAUUGUAGGGUGGUUUGAUUGUAGUGAGAAAGCAUUUUGAUCCUGAACCGACCCAAUUACAGGACGUUAACCAAACACGCCAUGUGUUUUGCAGACAGAGCUAAGUGCUGCGGAAAUGUGAUGUUCUGGAAAUUUGACUGACAAACAAAAAGAAUAAAUAAACAGUGGAUGUGAUACACAAAAUGUUUUAAACUAGUAAUUUCUAGAAUUAUCCAGUAAUAUAUUGUAUGCAGCUGGGUCUCUGGAGGACUAGUGGUUAGGUUUUGGUGCUUUCACUCCUGCGGCCCGAGUUCGAUUCCUGCCCCGGGAACCAACUCCAGCCACUGGGGUUGCCCAAGACGGUGCACUCCCAGUGCUGUUCCCAAGCCUGGAUAAAACUAGUUUUAAACUAGUAAUUUCUAGAAUUAUCUAGUAAUACAUUGCAUGUAGCUGGGUUUCUGGAGGGCUAGUGGUUAGGCCUCGGCGCUCUAGCCGCUGCAACCCGGGUUCAAUUCCCAACAUAUUGAGUGCAGCUCCGUGUUCCCCAUGCCUGGGUGACUUUUAUGAUUUCAACACAGACUUUUUUCAUCAUUUUUUUAAAUUUUAUUUUUGGUUUGUUUAAUUAUAUACAGUGAAAACGCAAAACAAACCAAACAGCAAUGAACCAAAAGUACUAAAUUCACUCUGAUUCAGAUUCAGGAAGUAAGUAACUUCAGUAACUUAACUAAGAAUCAAAGAUGAAGCUUACUGAUGGAGUUGCUUAUUGCGUAUCUGUCAGAUAUAGCCUUUGUUGGGCACAGAGGAUUACUGACUCUAACUGCCGCUGCCUCUUUCUUUCACUCUCAGAUAGCCUCACAGGGAUUGCUGACCUAUAAGAGUACUCAUUGGCCCAUGGGAUGUGUGUAUGUCAAAAGACAGCCAUUUGCCUUUAAGCACACACACACACACACACAAACACGGACACAAACACACACAUGAAUAUGCUGCUGUUACUCAUGCAGAGAAUGAAACUCGACAAACACUCGAAAACCAAGGCAUAAGAGAAAUCCAGCAUUCAGUGCUUGUACAGCUAUUAUCAAAUUUUAUCUUCCCCUUUUCGAGUGCAGUGUUUUUCUACCUUUUUAUCCAAGUGUGGAGAAAUCAAGUGAAAGCUCCAGUAUGUUGUCCAGUCCUGUGUUCUGCUGCCCGGAAGUCUGAUUAACUAGGCAAAAUAGCAGCAAAUAACAUAAUUAAAUUCAACAGUAUGACAAGUUAAUUAUGUUCAUUGUGACUUUUGUAGCCAAAAUCUUUAUUCUCUCCUGAUAAUUUCUCUGCUGAAGAAGCAUCAUGUUUGUGCCAUUAACAAAAAGGCAGAACAUCUUUGGCUCACAUUUUGGCUAUGAGCUGUGGUGUUCUCUCACACCAAAAGACAUUAUUGGAGUCUGAGGAGCACCAUGUUGUGCUAGCAUUAGAGUUAUGUAACAGUUUUUGUGCUGCACUGUACUGUAUUUUGCUCAGUUUUGUCAUUGAUUCCACAUCCUUUGUAUUUCUGAUUCUGGAAAGAUCGUCUAGCAUCCAUUCAAGCUAAUUAAUACCUGCUACUAACAGCCAAAGUUCAUGUGCAUAGUGCAACAGGUGGCAGGAUUCAGAAAAGAGUAGCACAUGCCACAUCAGCAACAUCACACUAAGAAAUAUAUGAACCAACUGGUGUUGUGUUUCAAUGAACAUUUCAAAUGAAAUGUUUUUAAUGGGGGAGUCGACAGGUAGUAGAGCUUUUCUUUAUCUGGUCGUUGGACAAGUGAAGUAAAAUGAACACUGGUGACCGUAAUAUCAACAGAUUACUGAAUGUGUUUGUCUGGUAGGCAACUGUGAAUGAAACUCUGAUAGCCUGAAUAAGUAAUAUGUGUGUCCCAGGCGCUCAGGCUAGCGAUUUGUCCACCCCUAUUAACUGAUUUAACAGAGGCAUGUUUAGAAAAUUCCACAAACUGAUUAAAUAACAAAGGACAUACGAGUAUGAAAGAAAUGUUACAGAAAACGUC